UCCGAGAAGGACCACAACAGCAAUGGCUGUGACAACAGCACCUUCUCUCCACGCCCUCCUCCUGCUGUCCGACUCCGCGCUGCCUCUCGGCUCCUUCGCCUUCUCCUCCGGUCUAGAAUCCUUCCUCGCCCACAACAACCACACAUCUCUCCAUUCAAACCCUCAAGCUAAACUCACCGCAUUCGACAGAUUUCUAGCACAGUCAAUCUCAAACGUAGCCAGCACCUCCCUCCCCUACGUCCUCACAGCCUACCAUCACCCAUCCCAACUCCCGGAAUUGGACAAUGACUUCGACGCCAGCACGCCCUGUACAGUCGCCCGGAGAGCAAGCAUAACCCAAGGCAGAGCACUCAUCGCCGUCUGGGAACGCGCCCUCUCGGCCUCCGCGAACGUCAACUCGGAAGCCUCCAUUGCUGUCUCGACUUUCGCGACCCAGCUGAAAAGCAACGCAGUCGAUGCCUUUGGGAUGCACCUCCAAGCUCAUUUCCCACCACUGUUUGGCGGCGUGUGCUCAGCUUUAGGCCUCUCAGCUCACGAGACGAGCUACCUCUUCCUCCUUAACCAUGCAAAAGCGGUGCUGUCAGCUGGUGUGCGAGCGAGUGUUAUGGGACCUUAUCAAAGCCAGGCUACACUCGCGAGCGCGGCGUUGCAGGAGUGUAUUAAUGCGUGCGUUGCGAGCCAAAGUCGAGCGGAAUCGAAAGCAGAAGAUGCGGUGGUCACCGUGCCGACGAUGGAUCUUUGGAUGGGAAGGCAUGAGUUGCUUUACUCGAGGAUUUUCAAUUCUUGA